AGGCAGAUUAGCGGGUGAAAACAUGGUUGGAAAAAGUGAAAAAGGCCUAUGCGCAUCAGAGUAUGUUUUGGUCUGACUUGGGUCCAGAAGUCGGUUACGAAGGCAUCGGCCUUGUUGAUGCUUCUUUGCCCACUGUUGGUGUUUUUGCACUACCAACACCAAAUCCAGAAGGUCGCACCGAUAAUUUAGCUCAAACAGCCGGCGAGAGUGGCGGCAGUGGGGAUACAGUAACUGUGAACACGGAAGCACCGGACGUUAAGUGUGAUCCGAAAGAUGCUGAAGAUUAUGGGCGUGGGGUUAUUUUCUAUAUGAAAGAUGAAAAGAUAGUGGGUAUUUUAUUGUGGAACCUCUUCAAUCGUAUUGGUUUGGCGCGGACAAUUAUCAAUCAGAAUAAGAAAUAUGACGAUUUAAAUGAAGUUGCGAAACUCUUCGAAAUCCAUGCGUAGUUCCGAAAAAAGCGUAGAUACAAAUCUGUAAUGUUUAAUAAUAAUUUGGUUAGGUAAAAAUGUUUGUUACCGUUAGUUGAAUUACACGUGUAAAUUUGCACUUGGGUUAGAACACGCGCCAACACUCAAGUCAAUCGCAUCCACUAUAGAGCUAAAAAUAAUUUACGUCUGUUGCAAUUAAAAUUGAUUAUUAUGCUCUGGUUGGGUGCCACUGCCACUGAGAAGAGGAGGAAGAAAUUCUAAUGCAGAGUCGGUAUAAUUUCACAAAUUGUCUAGCAUUUAAGCUUUAUUUUAACAAAGCGGUAGCACGAAGUCUUAAUUAAAACCAAAUAAAUACUUACAAAAACGACUAUUAUCCAUUUUUAAAUAUAUAAGAUCACUAUAAUUUAAUCCUUAAGAUAUUAACGGGAAUUUUUUGAGUGCUUGAAAAAAAAAAUUAAACGAUACACAGUAAAAUAAGAAAUUUUAAUUAAUAAAUUGUUAAGGACUAUUUUUACUGUGCUGGUAAAUUCUUGUCCGCCAA